CUGGCCGUUCCCACCUCAACAUAUUGUUGAGGUCCCGUUCCCGCUCCGGGCCGGCGUCGAAUGAAUUCAACAACCGUACCACGUUGGUCUGUCUCUCACUGAGACCAGCGACUCCAGCUCUCAGCCACCCAGACGCUGUAACUUGUCCAUCCUUUGCAUCAUCGCCAACUAUCCCAACCUGCUUCACCAUGCUCGUUUACGUCGUCUCUCGAUCGCGAGCAGCAUGACAGGCAAAUCUCCAAAGCUCCGGUUGACCUUCCUUCGUGGUAGGCGCCGUCACAACUACGGAUUUCCGCCCGAAGCUUUCGACUACACCAGACUUCCCGACGUCGACCGCGAGUUUGUCCCUCCCGAACACCUCGCUGCCUUCGCCUCCGCCCUCAGCGCCCCGGACCCGGUCAGCAGCCAUACCGACGAAACCUCGCUGUUGCGAAGCCCCGUCGCUCGAAGCGCGGCCAGCCUCGACUUGACCCGAUCGAUUUCGGCCGCAUCCGUUGAUGUAACAGGGGCCGCCGAGUCCGUCGCCGGCCAGAAUAGCGCUCAGAAUGGCAUGUUCAUCACCGCGCAAAAUGACUGGGCCCCGGUGAACCAGAAAGUCUCCAAGCACGGACGGAAGAAAAGGAGGAAGGCCACCAUCCUCGGACGCCGCACCGUGGAUGAGACCCGGGAAGGCUAUCUAUAUGGGCUACUCAAGUGGCCGUUUCUCUUGUUUGUGGGGAUGUGGAUUGUCGGGCUGGGCGCUUCGUAUCUGUUGACGAGGCUCUACAUCUUUCUGUACGAGCACUUCAUCGCCUGGAGGGGGGUUAGGGAGAGGUUACGCCGGAACAUGCGGGCUACGAGCAACUACGGUGACUGGGUCAAAGCGGCAAAGGAGAUGGAUGCGUUCUUGGGAAACCAGCACUGGAAAGAAGAGAACGAAUAUGCCUACUACGACUCUAAAACGGUCCGCCGCGUUUGGGAGCAACUUCGCAAUCACCGUAAGGCCGCUGAGUCACGGGAAGCGAACGGCUCGGGUGCCCCCGGCUACGAGAAUGGAGACGAGCCUAGCUGGCCCGCAGACGGCAAGGCCGUCGAGGAGCUGAAGGCCUUAACCGAAGCCUGUGUGAAAAACAACUUCGUCGGCGUUGAAAACCCCAGACUCUACAGCCAGACGUAUUAUGGGACGAAAAAUCUUGCUCAGAAUUUCAUAGAUGAAGUGGAGAAGAGUACCCGCUUCCUAAUCCAUACCGAGCAGUUAUCCUUCGACGAGAAGCGUGCCUUGUUCAAACGCAUGCAUGCGAACUACGGGCGCACCGCCCUCUGCUUAUCCGGCGGCGCUGCUUUUGCCUACUACCACCUCGGGGUCGUGAAAGCGUUGCUUGAAGCGGAUCUGUUACCGGACGUUAUUACCGGGACUAGCGGGGGUGCCUUGGUCGCCUCCCUCGCUGCAACGCGGACCAACGACGAGUUGAAGCAGUUGCUGGUGCCGGCGUUGUCAUGUAGAAUCAAGCCCUGCUCGGAGCCAAUAAGCACGUGGUUCCCGAGAUGGUGGAAGACCGGAGCGAGGUUCGAUUCGGUGGAUUGGGCUCGGCAAGCGAGUUGGUGGACCCGCGGGUCGAUGACCUUUAGGGAAGCAUACCAGCGAACCGGACGCAUUCUCAACGUCUCGUGCGUCCCGGCCGAUCCCCACUCGCCCACGAUCCUCUGCAACUACCUCACGUCCCCCGACUGCGUGAUCUGGUCGGCGGUCUUGGCGUCCGCCGCCGUGCCCGGUAUCCAGAAUCCGGUAGUCCUGAUGAUGAAAACUCGGGACGGGUCCUUGACUCCGUAUUCCUUCGGUCAUAAGUGGAAAGAUGGCAGCCUGCGAACGGACAUACCCAUCAAAGCGCUUAACCUGCAUUUCAACGUCAACUUCACCAUCGUUAGCCAAGUGAACCCGCAUAUAUCCCUCUUCUUUUUCUCGUCCCGGGGGGCGGUCGGCUCCCCGGUGACGCAUCGAAGGGGUCGUGGGUGGAGAGGAGGCUACCUGGGCUCCGCCACGGAACAGUACAUCAAACUCGACCUCACGAAGUGGCUCAAGGUGCUCAAGCAUCUAGAACUGCUUCCGCGACCGCUCGGCCAAGACUGGUCCCAGCUAUGGCUGCAGCAGUUCAGCGGCACCAUCACCAUCUGGCCGCAAGCGACGCCGAGCGAUUUCUGGAACAUCCUGACGGAUCCCGACUCGGACCGGCUAGCACGAAUGAUACACGAGGGUCAGCAGAGCGUCUUCCCGCGGCUCAAGUUUAUAUCGAAUCGGCUCAAAGUGGAGCGCCUGAUCGAGGAAGGCAGGCGGCUGACGCUCUCCGGGGUCAGGAGAGGCAGCAUCGAGAGCAUCAUAGACGAGGAGGACAUACGGAGCCUCCUACGCUCGAGCGGCGGCUCUACGGACGGCAAUGAAGACGACGACGACGACGACGACACCACAGAUCCUGACGAAGUCGACGAGGAAGUCAAACGGGGCUAGGUCAUUAGGAAAUACAGCCUAAUUCUCCGUUCCUUAUUCACAUUCGAGACUGAAAAAUUUUUCAUCGAAUUUUCCUGUGGGGGGGGAAGGCUUCUGGAAUUCGAAAACAAUUGCCAACUUGAUUAGAAUUGCAUUGCGCAAACAGCGGAUCAAGGCGUCAUUAUAGGAGGCGACUCCUUGGGAGGGGAACCUCCGGGGAGGCGUUGGUCGUUUGGAAAUAUAACCCUUUCUUUCGGCGGGCGUCCAUUUCCAUUUCCUCUUCGGUUGGCGGCAGCGUGGGAAACCUGGCUUUCUUACUUGCUCAUCUACCCAGGUAGAUACUAUUUCACGUGGCUACCUACACAAUGCGAUCUUCCUCUCCUGCCGCAUUCCGUCCCCAUCUCGCGCAUCUAGGCACGGUAUAUGCGGAGUAGUAUCCGUUAUUGUCA